AUGUCAGGCGACGCGGCGCAUAACGGAAGACGAACUGCCUGGGCCAUUGGCCGAAGGGGCGGGUUUGUUCGUGAUCGGUCGGGGCGCUCGGGGGCAGAAACGGAGACAGACGACGAGAAGAGAAGAGAAGAGAAGAGAGCAAGAGAGCAAGGAAGAGCAAGGGAGCGCGCGGAUGGCGAUGCGAGACCAGAGGCGGUUGGUUGGACGGACAUGCUUGGUGCUACUGCCGGUGCUUGCUGGGAGAUGCUGGAUGCUGGACCGCCGGGAGGCAAAGGGGAGCCGUUGGGACGCAUGGAGGUGUCGGGCGCGGCGCCUGAUUGGGCCCUUGUGCGUGAGCUGGCAUCCAUCUCGUUGCUGCCGCAUGGCGUGGACGACGCAGAUUGGGCGAGGCCUGCGAGGGCCUGGGGCCGUUUCGUGGUGGACAUGGAUUGGCCGGUGGAUGCGAUUGCGUCCGGAUGGGGUUGA